AUGUACUGCGGUGACGAUGUGGAGGCCGUCGUGGGCGAUGUAGGCACGGCGCUAAGCAAAUUUGGACUGGCUGGAGAAGAUACACCAAAACUGGUAUUAAAUAGUGCUGUAGGUCGUCGACCGCCUUGUACUACGGACACGUCUGGAGCCUCUACCGUGCUCGGGGACCUAUGGCAUCGAAAGGAUCUGGAGAUUGUGCGACCUAUUGAGGCUUGUGCUGUGGCAAAUUGGGAUGCUCUGGAGAAGAUAUGGACCUACGCAUUUGAUCGGCUUCAUGUGGAUGCCAAGAGCCAUCCAGUUAUCACCUCAGCGGCCUCGUGUUUUGCUAAUGACGCGCUCCAUAAUGCGGCGUCACGUGACGGCGAGAAGUACCUGGAGAUGAUGUUUGAGACCUUUCAGGUUCCUGCAUUUUAUAUGGCAAAGGAUGCGGUGCUGGAUUCGUUUGCUUUUGGACGUUCGGUAGCUUUAAUUGCUGAGAUUGGAGCAGGAGCUUCUCGUGUUGUACCAGUGUACGACGGGUACGCGUUGGAACGACCAGCGCAGUACUCGUCCGUGGGGUGCAAUCAGUUGUCUGAGUACUUGGAGCACUUGGUAGAGACACAGAAUCCCCGGCCAGUGACCGUGAGACCAAGAGGGACCUUUGUAAGAAAAGUGAAUCAGCAAACGGGGGUGUUAGAGACAAUUCCAUUGCCAGAGGAACUUACGACGCCACCAGCGAUGCCAGUCAGCUACCAUAAGUUUCUUAAAGCAGAUUUGUUUAGAGAUAUGCGGGAGGCUGUAUGCGUUAUGUCAGAGACGCCACUUGAAGAGCACAAAGAUGUAAGUGAUCAAAAAGCUUCGUCGUCGGAACCUGUAUCGUUGGAGAUUACAGAGCAGAAAUAUGAAUUGCCUGAUGGACAGACUGUUUUGCUGGGAAAAGAGCGGUAUGCGGUGCCUGAGUUUUUGCUGCACCCAAAGAACUUUGGAGGUGCUGUGGUCAAGAAUGAGCAGCACGCUGCAGCAGCGGCAAAGGUAAUGGCAAAGGGACUGCAUCGCAUGCUCUACGACGCAGUGCACCUCUGUGAUGCCGACUUGCGGAGGGAUAUGCUGACGAACAUUAUUUUAUGCGGUGGUGGAAGUCUCACGCCUGGUGUCACCGAGCGACUGCAUGCAGAGCUCACACGUAUGGUGCCUGGUACCUUCAAGGUACGCUUCACGACUGUAUCAAAAAUCGAGCGACAAUUUAGCGUUUUCAUCGGCGGGUCCAUUUUAGCAUCAUUGGGCUCUUUCCAGCAGCUUUGGGUAUCUAAGCGCGAGUUUGACGAAGUUGGAGCCCACUCACUUUGUGCGGACCGCUUCUGCUAG